AUAUUUAACUGCUUUAUUCAUGCUAAUUGAUAAAAUUACACCCUUUUCACCAUUCUGUCAAUUUUGUUCUUAAUUUGCUUAAUUUUUUACUUAAUUCGGGUGUUUUUUUGCUUGAUUUUUCACUGAUGUUGUGUUGAUUUGAUCUGGGUUUCUUUCCCAUGUGAUGAUUACAUGUGGGGUUUGGCUUACAGCUUAGUAACUUCUGGAAGUAGUGAACUGCCAAAAAGAGCAGACAUUAAAAAGAAAAACAAAAUUAUUUUUCAGAAAGGUUGAAAUCAUUGCACAAGAAAGAAACAUAAUCACAUGGGGUAUGGUGUGGCCUUAGAUUUGUUCUUCAUCAUAUCAUAAUUAAAUAAUUUUACUGUUUUUAUUGUUUUUUAAUUUUCUGUUUAUCUUCAUAUAUGUGAUCUUGGUACUGUGUGAUCCAAUCCUGAAUAAUAAUGGAGUGAUAGUCCUACUUCCAGCUAUUGGUUGCUUAACCUUUUUGAUUGUGUUUUUGUGCGUUUUAGGUUUUAUUUGAUAAGAUCUUACAAAACCUAUGGGUGAAUCAUUAGUUGAGGCUCCAAAAGUUGAUAACAAGAUGGGUGAGUCAUUUACACAUGUACCGUGUCUUCAAGAAUCGGUGUCUUUUGGUAGAUUUGAGCAUGAUUCUCUUUGUUGGGAGAGAUGGUCUGCUUUCCCAACAAACAAGUAUUUGGAGGAAGUUGAGAAGUGUUCUACACCAGGGUCGGUAGCGCAAAAGAAGGCUUAUUUUGAAGCUCAUUAUAAGAGGAUUGCUGCUCGGAAGGCGGAGUUGUUGGAUCAGGAAAUGAAGAGGGAGGAAGGCGAGUCUGUCGAUUCAGAAGAUCAGGGUUCGAUGUGCAACACCAGUGAGGAAGAGUUUGAUGUUGAUGGAACUCAGGUGCUAAAUGAAGUUGGUGAAUUCAGUGGUGAAAUGAGUGAUAAGCAUAUUGAUAUUUUAGGCCAUAAUGCUGAUAUCAUGAUUGAAGAAGAAGAUGGAGUUUCGGAUCUCACAACUGAGGUUGAGGUGACUGAGCAUAUUGAUGAACUGAGUGAUGAUUUUGAUGUCAUUGAUGAAGUGGUAGAUCUCACGGUUGAAGUAAGAGAACAUGUUGAUCAACUGGCCGAAGAAAACAAGGAUAUACAACCUGUGUAUGUUGAGGAGCUGAACAGUGCCGCUGAUUUGAUAACAGAAAACAAGGAUAUACAACCUGUGUAUGUUGAGGAGCUUAACAAUGGCGCUGAUUUGAUAAAAGAAAACAAGGAUAUACAACCUGUGUAUGUUGAGGAGCUUAACAAUGGCACUGAUUUGAUAAAAGAAAACAAGGAUAUACAACCGGAGCAUUUUGAUGAGGCUGGUGUGGCCGAAGAGAAGAUGAAUAUUCAGCUAGAGCAUAUUGAUGAGUCAAAUAGUACCACUGAUAUAAGGGAAGAAAACAAGAGUAUACAGCCGGAGCAUUUUGAUGUGCCCGGAGAAAAGAUGGAUAUUCUGCCAGAGCAUAUUGAUGGGUCAAAUAGUGGCACUGAUGUGAGCGAAGAAAACCAGGAUAUACAGCCGCAUCUAGAAGAUGGUGAUGAAGAUUUGCAUCUAAACAUGGAGAUCCCUCAUGUAGAGAAACCCGACAAACCUGUUUUGGUGAAAGAAGAUACCGCUUCUGCACGAGUGUGGCAAGACAAGGAGGUAUUGCCUCAAGAAAAGGUUGAAGAAAGGAAAAAAGUUCAGAAAGAAACAAAAAACCCAAUAAAAUUGGUUGAUCCAGUGAAGAUAAAGAAGACAACUUUGGCGAAGAGGACAGUCGAUACACCAAAUUCUAAGAAAAAACCAGCAUCAACAAUUGCCAAAAAACCUGCUGCAUCAAUGGCAAAAUCACCGAUAAUAUCUACUCCCAAGUCAUUGAAGCCUGAGUUGACCAAAACUGUUAAGUCUACCUCACGCCCCUCAACCAGGAAGGAAAGUGGUAACACUCCACUGACAAGCAAGAAAACAACUAAACCUGAAAACAAGAGAGUACUGCCAACAUCCUUGCACAUGUCUCUAAGUUUUGGACCGGCUAAUUCUGAGCCAGUUAAUUCUGCGGCAGUUAAUUCAGAUCCGGCAUCACUUACAGCAAUGAGAAAGUCAUCGAUCAUGGAGAGUAUGGGAGAUAAAGAUAUUGUAAAAAGAGCAUUUAAGGCAUUCCAAAACGUCAAUCAACUUUCCCCCACUAGUUUAGUGAAACCAACUACAACAAAUGAGCCAACAAACAAAAGGAUUGAAGUGAAGGGUACUGCGCCUGACGCCCUUCAAAAGAGAAAAGAAGGGAUUUCCAGGGCAGGGAAGGUAACAAAUCCAAUAACUGGUCUACAAGGAACAAAAAAGUUAUCACAAUCACCUGGAUUAAAGAAAAACAUUGGUGUGGAUCAAAGAAAUGGUAAAGCUAUACCUGCUUCCUUUGGCUCACGAAAUGGUAAAUAUGUACCUGCUUCGUUUGGCUCGAGAAGCUUAGAUCAAGGAAGGCUACAGAGAGAGGUUCCAAAGAAGCUAGAGCCAAAAACCAACACUAAAGAUUCUGUGAAGACCCAGCUUCAGUCGAAAUUAAAGGCAGAGAAAGCAGCAGAUAGUGGAAAACCAACUCGAAGCAUUAAUUCUAAACCCAAUCUAUCAUCAAGCUGUAAUCAGGGACAUGGAUUCUUGAGAGGUUCUGUUCGUAAGGUAGAAGCCAAGAUAUAAGCUACUGGUUGAUUGGAGUUAUGAUAAUUAAAAACAGAUAGUUUUUGUAAGCAUGGUUCAGGACAAGUUUCAAUCUUUCAAUAGUCAAAAGUGGUGGUAUCACACAAAAGUUCAUCAUUUUGGUACGUAGUAAAUAGGUUUAUCAUCGAGAAAGCUUAGAUGUAUAAAGGAGCAGUUGCAUAGUAAUAAGUUUUAGUUUUAUGUAACCUGGAAAAUAUGAGGGCAGAAGUUGUAAAUCUGAAUUAUUUCAAUUUCAUCAAGAAUAUAAAUAUAGAAUUGUCCCUUUUUCUAA